CCCCCCCCUUUAUACCCCGAAGACAUUAGAAUGCAGAUUUCCGUCCCUAUUCCCUUUGGACUUCCUUUUCUCGGAUGGCUCGCAAGACAAACCGGGUUGGCUCCACACUUUGACUCCUGUCACCCAUUCGCUCUCACCGACGUCGCUCCUACGAUCGGCCACACAACGAGACGCUUCUCAUUCGGACACGACAAUUUUUGUCUGAUCAGUCUCGACCGAUACGACGGUGGGGAAUACUGAAUCGCAAUGCACAGGUUGCUUGUCACUUUUCUAAUCAUGGCCCUUUAAUGGCGGCGGCGUAAUAGGAUCGGACAGUAUAGAUUACUUUGGGAUUUUUGACCUGUUGAAUGGUCGCAAAAGGUUGUCAAAUGCGUGUUUCUCAUAUGUUUGUUGUUACUACGAGUUUGAUGGACUUGGUUUACAAAAAAAGAAGUUUUUUGAGCGUGUUGAAGGGAUGUUUGCACAAGCUGCGGAGCGUUUUAUAUCCUUAACGCGGGCCCUAUGGUAUCUACAAAACUUUGGAUCCUCCGAGAGACAGAAGGUGAAAAAGGCUGUGUUUUUUGUUUUAAGUAUGAAGGAGUUUGGUAAAGAAAAAAAAACAAGAAAAAAAGUCAAGUAUGUGUAUUAGGGAGGGAAGUAGUGCCCUCGCCCACUCAACAAGAAUCGAAAUGCUCUGCUCUCUCUUC